AUGUGGCGUCUGUUGCUGCUGGUGUUGCUGCUGUUGCUGCUUCUGUGGCUCCUGAUUUUGAGGCAUAUCAGCAAACAGCCUCUCUACGUUGCAGUAGGCCCUCGGACUGAGGCGAGGCGGCGGUGGCAGGUGCAACUGCUGUUGCUGCAGUUGCUCCUGCGGCUGCAGUUCCUGCUGUUGGCUCGCCGCUGUCUGGGUUGUGAGGGCUCCCUGAUGCAGCAAAGUGAUGCGCUCGAGGCUCGCCGCUGUCUGGGUUGUGAGGGCACCCUGGUGCAGCAAAGUGAUGCGCUCGAGGGGGGCCUCCCUCUUCCCCUGGGGACCCCCCUGCAGCAGGACCAAGAGAUGCCCUUAAGACUGCAGCAGCUCGCUGCCAUUCUAGGGGUGGCUGGAGAUGGUGCAGCAGCAGCAACACAGGCUGAUGAAGGGCCCACGGUCCCGUUGUGUCUGCUUCAGUACCCAUCGUCGGGGCCGAUCAGAACGGGCUCCCCCUACCACCUUGCUUAA